GACGUGCCCUCCGCCCGCAGUCGCCGGGAUAUCAAGAUGGCGGCUCCCAGAAGCUGUGGUCUAUGGCGCUACUCCUGUCGCGGGUGGUCGCGGGCAGCGGGAGACUGCAGAUUUCCCGGGUUUCAUAGAUUCUGGCCCGGAGCCACGCCGAGUGCGCGGUCCUUGUCCCAAACGAAGCGAGCCGCAGAAACGCACUUCGGGUUUGAGACUGUGUCGGAGGAGGAGAAAGGGGGCAAAGUCUAUCAGGUGUUUGAGAGUGUGGCCAAGAAGUAUGACCUGAUGAACGACAUGAUGAGUCUCGGCAUCCAUCGUGCUUGGAAGGAUUUGCUGAUCAGGAAAAUGCACCCAUUGCCCGGAACCCAACUGCUUGAUGUGGCUGGAGGCACAGGUGACAUUGCAUUCCGGUUCCUUCGCUAUGUUCAGGCACAGCAUCAGAGGAAGCAGCGGAGACAAUUACGAGCUCAGCAAAAUUUAUCCUGGGAAGAAAUUGCCAAAAAGUACCAGAAUGAAGAGGACCCCUUGGGUGGUUCACUUGUCACGGUCUGUGACAUCAACAGGGAGAUGCUAAAGGUUGGGAAGCAGAAAGCCGUGGACCAAGGACACAGAGCUGGACUUGCAUGGGUACUGGGAGAUGCUGAAGAACUGCCCUUUGAUGAUGACAAAUUUGAUGUUUACACCAUUGCUUUUGGGAUCCGGAAUGUCACACACAUUGACCGGGCACUCCAGGAAGCCCAUCGGGUCCUAAAGCCAGGAGGACGGUUUCUCUGUCUGGAGUUUAGCCAAGUGAAUGAUCCCCUCAUAUCCAGGCUUUAUGACCUGUACAGUUUCCAGGUCAUCCCUGUCAUUGGGGAGGUCAUUGCAGGAGACUGGAAGUCCUAUCAGUACCUUGUGGAAAGUAUUCGGAAGUUCCCAAAUCAGGAAGAGUUCAAGGAGAUGAUUGAAGAUGCAGGCUUUCAGAAGGUGACCUACGAAAGCCUGACAACAGGAAUCGUGGCCAUUCAUUCUGGCUUCAAACUUUAGCUCCUUUCUGUGUGCAGCACAAACCAGUCGUUUCAGCAGAGGUCUGGAACUGGAAGAUAAUCUCCCUGAUGAGACAGUAGCUGAGCAUCUCUCUUCUCUUGAAGGCUAUCAAACCUUGGAUUCAUAUUCUGCAUUGACCAGUCUCAAAAAGGAAGAAACAAACCCCUGCUGGUUUUUGCAGCUCUCAUUAGUAGCUGCCCAGGCCACCAAGGCCUCCCAGAAGGGUUUGGUCUGGUUUUGCUGCACUCCUGCUAGCACUUGGCUGUGCAGUGUGGAGUCAGGUAAAACCAGCACUCACACAGUGCUGAAACUUCCUCAUAGCUUGUCUGUCACAGAUGCCUUCCAGAGGGAUAAUGGAUCACUGGAACCCAAGGAUGCUUUGAACUAACCCUUCAGACUAGUGUUGAAUCUAGGGCCAAAAGCCCAUGUCCAAGUCAGAACGCUGGCAAUAUUAGAAUCCUGGGCUGGUGAGGUGCUCAGCAGUGAGCACAUAUUAGAACCAUGGACUGAAGGUGCAGUUCAGUGGGAGAGCACAUGCUUAACCUGUUGAGGCCUUGGGUUUGGUUCUCAUCACCAGAAGCAAACAAACAAAAGUAGAAUUUUGCAAAGCAGUAAAGUUUACAUUGUUGA